GCUGCGCUGGGGGCGGCAGCACCCUCACCGCACAGCCCGGCCACCUUCCGCCGGCAGCAGCCCCGGCGGAGCGGCGCGGAGGCCGGAGCCCCCGCCCGCCUCUGCCCCGCGGGGCGGCGCGGGCGGGCCGAGCGGAGCCGUGCGGUGUCGGGGAGGAGCGCGCAGCGCUCGCAGGAGCACCCAGAGCUCGCCUGUCGGGAUGCGGCCGCGGAGGGGAGGGGAGCGGGCGCGACGGCACCUUCCCCCGGCGAAGAGCCGAGUUAAAUAGCCAGCGCCACGCCGCCGCCUUCCUCUGCCCUCCCGGCUCCGAGCCCUCGGCGAACGCCCCCCGUCCCAGCCCGCCCCGCGGGCGGCGGAGGGCAGCGCGCAGCCAGCCUGCCCCGCGGAGCCGGGACGCCGGCGCUGCCGGCAGGGGCGGGCGCUUGGGAGUCGGUGCCGGAGGCGCCGCGUCCCGCCGAGCCGCCCGUCUGAGAGGACUACGCCAGCUGCAUGGGAGGAGAUGAGCGUGCCGGGGAAGCAGCCUUCUCCAGCACCGCUCGAGCGGCCCGGCAGCCUCCUCGUCCCCACCUGGACUAAAACUGGUAUUGCAUUGUUAUAUGAUGAAGUAUCUGAAAAUGCUUAUGACAUCCGACUGAAGCUUACAAAAGAGGUAUUAACAAUUCAAAAACAAGAUGUCGUCUGUGUUACUGGAAGUGAUCACAGUGCAAAUCACAGAACUGUUACACUUCGCAGACAACCAGUUGGUGGCUUGGGCUUAAGCAUAAAGGGCGGUGCUGAGCACAAAGUGCCUGUCGUCAUAUCAAAAAUAUUUAAAGACCAAGCAGCUGAACAGACAGGAAUGUUAUUUAUAGGAGAUGCAAUAAUACAGGUUAAUGGUAUAAAUGUAGAAAGUGCUACCCAUGAAGAAGUGGUACACCUACUGCGAAAUGCUGGCGAUGAAGUUACCAUCACGGUUCAGUACCUCAGGGAAGCUCCAUCAUUUUUAAAGCUCCCAUUAGGUUCCCCUGGACCAUCCAGUGAUCACAGCAGUGGAACUUCAUCACCUCUCUUUGACAGUGGCUUACAUUUAAAUGGAAACUCAACUAACACGGCUCCAUCUUCACCUUCUUCACCCAUAGCUAAUGAACCAAAAUACGAGAAGCGCUGGCUGGACACCUUAUCAGUUCCUCUGUCGAUGGCUCGAAUCUCGAGGUACAAAACCGGAACAGAUAAAUUAAGAUCUAAUGCAUUUGAAGUGCUGGCACUCGAUGGAGUUAGUACUGGGAUACUUCAGUUUUAUACAGCCCAGGAGAGUGCUGACUGGCUGAGAGCAAUGUCAACUAACAUCAGUGAUUUGACACUUCAAAAUAUGAAAAUGGCAAAUAAAUGCUGUUCUCCCUCUGACCAGGUUAUACAUAUGGGAUGGGUAAAUGAGAGACUUGAAGGAACUGAUUCAUCUCAGCUCUACAAAUUCAAGUUUCUGGCCCUGAAGGGUUCAUCCUUCUACAUUUUCAGCACUCCACCGGUAAGCACACUAGACUGGGUACGAGCUGAAAAAAUCUAUAACCUCUGUGAGGUUCUAUUUAAAAUUCACAAGCUCUGGCUUGCUGAUGAUUGCUGGCUACAAGCAAACUUGUAUUUAGGUAUUCACCAGGACUUUGAUCUUGAAGACCAGAGGCCGUAUUGUUUCAGUGUUAUGGUUGGACAUGGCAAGAGCCAUUAUUUCAAUGUAGAGUUGGGCAGUGAAUUGGCAGUGUGGGAGAAAUCAUUUCAAAGAGCAAUUUUCUUGGAAGUUCAAAGAACAGGGUCUAAAACAUAUACAUGCAGUUGGCAAGGGGAUACCCUGUGUUUCACAGUCGACUUUGCUCUAGGAUUUACCUGUUUUGACAGUAAAACAAAGAAUGUGCUGUGGAGGUUUAAAUUCUCUCAGCUCAAAGGCUCAUCAGAUGAUGGGAAAACAAGAGUAAAGCUGCUUUUUCAAAAUCUAGACACUAAACAAAUUGAGACAAAGGAACUUGAAUUUCAGGAUCUGACGGCAGUGUUACACUGUAUUCACUCCUUUAUAGCAGCAAAAGUGGCAUCUGUGGAUCCAGUAUUCAUAGACAGUCAGAGUAUUGCAAGAAAAUAUAAGUACAGUAACUGAUACUAGAUUAUAUGUUGUGACUGUGGAAAAUAAAUUAUUUUCUUAACAAAAGUAGUUAUUUCAUUCACAAUAUUGCAACUUUGUGAUUUUAUAACAAGCCUAUAGUUGUGUUAUAUGUUAUGUUAAGAGUUUUCACAAUCUGAUAAUUAUUUUGACUCUAUAAGUUAAAAAAUACUGUCAGUUUGUUAUCUUCAGUAUUUAUCUAAAAUUCUAAGUGACUCUUCAUUCAGUAAUAUUUGUAGAGUCAUUUUGAUUUCUGCUCUCAUGAUGAUACAUUCUUCCCCUUACUAGAUGGUAAUGUGGAGUAACAUUUAAAAAGUGUACAUCCAAAAUUUGGCCUCUAAGUCUGUUUUAAAAUGCUUUGGGCACACAGACUACUACAGACUUCACUGUAGAAGAUAAGUAAUUAUUGAAGACAACUGCUGUAGGAAAUUGAACUUUCAUCUUCCUUCUAUAUGUUUGAAAAAUUGUAGUUCCUUGGUUGGGUUCUUUCAAGGCCUGAGAUAUUAGCUCUUGCAGAACACUGAAUACUCUAUUUCAGAUCUAGGAACAUAGUUAAGCACACACUUGGCUCUAAGAAUAUUCAGUAGCCCCAGUGUAUGUGCAAGGUAAUGUUAAGUGUGUAUUUGAGUAUCAUGGUAGAUCAACUGUGAAGAGCUUUAGACUCAGCUAAGAAGUCUGACUAUAGACUCUUAGUUUUAAGAAACUUGGCAUAGGGUUUUCUUAUCUUUUAAUAAAGCUUCCAUGACCCAUUCAUUUGUUCAUUCAUAGAUUGACUUGACACCUAUCCAUUGCUGUAAUGCUCUGUAUGCUUGGGAACAGCUUUUAUUUGGAGGAAAAUGCUUCUAAGAUAAGAUGAACUUAAGAAAACAUAUGCCUUUCUUUUUCCUAUAGCUUUAACUUUAACUUAUAUUCAAGUAAAGUGGAUUUUGUCCUUGCUGAGGAAACAAUAUAAUUUUGCUUUUGACAUAUGCCUAACCUUCCUUCUGAAAUCAUAAUCUUAACCACACAGAUAAUUCUUCCUGCUAUUGAAAAAAUUUAUUUAAAGAGAAGACAUUUUAGUCUUAGGGCAUAUUCCCUGUAAGUCAUACCAAAUAUAAGUUUUUGUGACACAAGAUUCAGUUUUCCUCACUUGUACUUUUGAGACAGCAUCAAGAAAAUAAAACAAUCAAAAUCAAACAAGUAGAAUAUCUUAAGUAGAUGCCAUGGAUAAGGAAUGAAUUCAUCAAAGUCCUCCCUAAAUUUUAGGAGUUUUGUCAGAUGUCCUGCUAAAGUUAUAGCCUAAAGUUACUGUAUCCCAGCAAAAAGAGGUUGGUGCCUUUAAAAGGUCUCAAGUGAGGAGUGUUUUUACAUAAACUCAGUGCUUAAGCUUAGUCAGCUAAAUUCUCUCCUUCAGGUCUUAAGCUGUCUUGGCAGACUGCAGUGGGGCACACACUUCAAACGGAUGCUUCUCUGUCCACUAAAGCUUGGGCACAAAUUAAAUGCCUAAUGCAGGGGAUUUAUUCGUGCCAGGAGGAUUACUUGUUUGUAAGUAUUUACCCACAGAGAAAUUAAUUUCAACAGUGCAGACUCUGCUUGUAAUUCCAAUGUUAUUUAGGGUUCCAGUGUUGUUUGCAAUGAGGCAUAGUAGGAGUGCUAACUCCUGCUAAAACAAUAUUUAGCAAAUGUGAUAAAUAUUUUUAUUAUUUUUAAAUAAAUCUUUAUAGCCAUUACUGUAUUUUAACAUAUGUAAUCUCAAUUUCAUAAUAAUUUUAUUUCAAGAAAAUAAUUUUAAA